GAUUACACACUUACUAUGUAUUUCCAGCAGUCUUGGAAAGACAAAAGGCUUUCUUAUUCUGGAAUCCCAUUAAACCUUACCUUGGACAACAGAGUAGCUGACCAACUCUGGGUACCAGAUACCUACUUCCUGAAUGACAAGAAAUCAUUUGUACAUGGGGUCACAGUGAAAAACCGAAUGAUCCGUCUACAUCCUGAUGGAACAGUUCUCUAUGGACUCCGGAUCACAACCACAGCUGCCUGUAUGAUGGAUCUCCGAAGAUACCCUCUGGAUGAACAGAACUGUACUCUGGAGAUUGAAAGCUAUGGUUAUACAACUGAUGACAUUGAGUUUUAUUGGAAUGGAGGAGAGGGAGCUGUAACAGGAGUCAAUAAAAUUGAACUUCCUCAGUUUUCAAUUGUUGAUUACAAGAUGGUGUCCAAGAAAGUGGAAUUUACAACAGGGGCGUACCCAAGACUCUCUCUAAGUUUUCGCCUAAAAAGAAACAUUGGUUACUUCAUUUUGCAAACCUACAUGCCUUCUACAUUGAUUACAAUUCUGUCCUGGGUGUCUUUUUGGAUCAAUUAUGAUGCAUCAGCCGCAAGAGUUGCACUAGGAAUCACCACGGUGCUGACAAUGACAACCAUCAGCACUCACCUCAGGGAGACCCUGCCAAAGAUCCCUUAUGUCAAAGCAAUUGAUAUCUAUCUGAUGGGUUGCUUUGUGUUUGUGUUCCUGGCUCUGCUGGAAUAUGCCUUUGUAAAUUACAUCUUCUUUGGAAAAGGCCCUCAGAAAAAAGGGGCUGGCAAACAAGACCAGAGCGCCAAUGAGAAGAAACUGGACAUGAAUAAAGUUGAUGCCCAUGGCAACAUUCUCCUCAGCACCCUGGAAAUCAGGAAUGAAACGGGCGGCUCAGAAGUGCUCACCAGCGUGAGCGAUCCCAAAGCCACCAUGUAUUCCUAUGACAGUGCCAGCAUCCAGUACCGCAAGCCCCUGAGCAGCAGAGAGGGCUAUGGGCGUGCCCUGGACCGGCAUGGGGUGCCCAGCAAGGGGCGCAUCCGCAGGCGAGCCUCUCAGCUCAAAGUCAAAAUCCCGGACUUGACUGAUGUGAAUUCCAUAGACAAGUGGUCCCGAAUGUUUUUCCCCAUCACCUUCUCCCUUUUUAACGUCGUUUAUUGGCUUUACUACGUACACUAAGGUCUGUCCUAAGGGUUCGAUUUAGACUUUCCUUUUCUCUUG